AGAAGAAGAAGAAGAAGAAGAAGAAGAAGAAGAAGAAGAAGAAGAAUUUAUUCCAGAUCAACGAGAAGAGAAAUACAGGAGAGAGCACCCCACCAUAACAGAGGUCAAAUUGCUACAUCACAAUCCAGUUUUCAACCUACCAUUCCACCAUACAUAAUUCUGAUAAAAGGAGCCAUCCGUUGUCAAUCAUGUAUUUCGAACACUUUCCCACCGAGAUUAUCUCGCACGUCUUCCUGUCCUGCAGCUCGAUCGGCGACGUACUAGCUCUUUCAGCCACCUGCCAUCGCUUCCGGAGCAUUUACAGCUCGUCCCGCAAGCUUACUAUCCUGCGCAGUGCUACUGAGUCGCAGUAUGGUCCUCUCGAGGAUGCCAUCCAGCUUGUUACGCAUAAUUCCAGCCAACCAACACAUAUCGUCCGCUCUGUGCCCUUUUCGUUCGCGCUGCUAAAGCAGCUCGUGCGCAUUGGGCAAACAGCAGAGAAGUGGUGCGACAUCUACCCGUUCAAGAAGUGGAAUGUCAACUAUCAGGAUCGGAGGCUUUUGACAUCAGACGAGUGCUAUCGUCUGCGUCGAGCAUUAUACCGUCUAUGGCUGUACACACGCGCCUUUCACAACCAUGAGCACACACGUACCCAGCGCAUGAACUUGCAGUCGAUCCAACAACGCGCCGAACUGCUGCGAAAUUGGUCUACGAGGGAGCUGGCUGAGAUUGCGGACGUGCACAGUGUGCUACGCGACGUAAUUCACACCAACAUUUGCCCUUCCAACGGCACUAUUGCGCGUAAGUUCAAGAAGAGGUAUCCGGAUACAGACCAUCAACUCCUCUUCAACAUCCACCUUAAUUAUCCUCCACCACCCUUCAGCGCGCCCUAUCCGAUGAGCGAAUUCCACAACCCGCCGCCGACACAUAGCAACCCCUUGCAGCAAGGCUAUCAUCACAGCGCCGCCGUCAUCGCUAAAUAUCACCAAUCCAAGUACCACGCGACGGCUUACCAUGAACCUGGCGCAGAGGGCUGGGGCGAUGACAUAGGACACUACUACGUGGUCGAAGACAUGCUAAAACUUGACCCAGAGCAGAUUUUGUGGCUGAAGGAGAAUGCGCCACUGAAGAGCAUGGUGGAGAGCUACAUCAAGGGCCUAGGCGAGUGGUUUGAGAAUAACGGCGAGACUUGGGGGCAGACACUGGAAUGGGUGUUGAGAGAAAGGAAUGUGGAUGUAGAGGAGGUCAUGACGGGAAUCAUGAAUGGAGAAUUAGGGAUUGCUCUAGAAGACUGAGGGCGUGCUAAUUUGUUACACCUUCCUUUUAGCAGUAGUUUAAUUUCAUAUCUUGAAAGGAUAUUUUGC